UCUCCAUCAAGAGUGCUAUGGCAUCCUGUAACAUCAGAAGGUAUGAGGAUUCAGACUAUGAAACUGUGAGGGAUAUCUUCACUGCUGGAAUGAGUGAGGCCCACUCUGCAAACGUAGUGUACAUGCUCAAAAAAACACCUUGCUUACUGGGACUCUUCUUUGUAGUCUGUAUCUUGUUUCUCAGUACAAGUUCGUUCCUCCUGGCUGUACUGGGAGUUUUGCUGUUAGUGGUGUUUCUCCGACAUCGAGUUUUUGAUGCAUGUGACCAGUGUAUUCUAAGCAGCCUCAAUUCUGACAUGAAGUAUAUUCGUCAGUCCUACCUGGAGAGUCACAAUUCUUGUUUCUGGGUAGCAGAGUCAGAUGGAUGUAUCGUUGGUAUAGUUGGCUGUUGCCCAGCAUCAGAAACAAAAGAACAUCUGGACCUCCGACGUAUGUCUGUAUUAAAAACCUACAGGGGCAGAGGAAUCGGCAAAGUACUAUGCAGCACAGUCAUUGACUUUGGGCGGCAACAUGGUUAUAAAGCUCUAGUUCUAGACACCAGUGUAGUGCGAGUAGCAGCCCAAAAAUUGUACACGAGUAUUGGAUUUAAGAAAUACAAAGAGACAAGUUUUGAAAUACCUUUGUAUUCUAUGGUAAAUCUAGUGUUAAACCUUCCCAUUUAUCACUACAGAUAUGAUAUUCCAACAGUACCUGGAGAAGGGAGGACAUGUGUCAUGCAGAAAAACAUUUUCCUGCACUUGAGAAUGUAAAUGCUUUGGAAUAACACUUAUCCUUGUUAUUUUAUUAAUGAACACAUUGUUAGCCAUGCACAAUCAAAAAUAAUUGAAU